CUGUGUGUGUGUGGGGGGGGCUCUGUGUGUGGGGGGGGUCUCCGGCUCACUAUGGAUGUGGGAAUGGAGAAGGAUUGCAGUGCGCUGGGCGGCCUCUUCCAGACCAUCAUGACAGACCUGAAGAGCGGAUACCCUGUCUGGGAGGACUUCAUCUCCAAGGCCAGCAAACUCCAGUCACACCUCAGGACCACCAUUGUGGUGGCCGGGGCCUUUUUGGAUGCAUUUCAGAAAGUGGCUGAUCUGGCAACUAACACACGAGGGGCGACGAAAGACAUCGGUUCUGCUCUGACCCGCGUGUGUAUGAGACACCGGAGCGUGGAAUCCCGGCUCAAACAGUUCACAGUCGCCCUGACUGACAGCCUGAUAAACCCGCUGGAGAUGCGCAUCGAGGAGUGGAAAAAAGUAGCCAAUCAGCUGGACAAGGACCACACUAAAGAGUAUAAGAAAGCGCGACAAGAGAUUAAGAAGAAAUCCUCAGACACACUCAAACUGCAAAAGAAAGCGAAGAAGGGGAAGGAGGACGUGAGAUUACAGCUAGACUGUGCGAUGCAGGAUGUGAACGACAAGUACAUGUUGCUGGAGGACACGGAGAAGCAGGCAGUGUGCCGGGGGCUGAUCGAGGAGCGCGCUCGCUUCUGUGCCUUCGUCUCCAUGCUGCGGCCCGUGCUGGAUGAGGAGAUCGGGAUGUUGGGGGAGAUCACACAUUUACAGACGAUUCUGGAAGAUUUGGGCAACCUGACGGCUGAGCCCCAGAAACUGCCCCCGGCCAGUGAGCAGGUCAUCCUGGACCUGAAGAUUUCUGAUGACUAUAAUUACACAUAUCACACACCGCCUUCCUCCCCGGGGAGCACACUGUCUCGCAGUGGCACAAUCAACAGCUCCCAGUACCUGCACAAGGGCGGCCGACACACCAGCAUCGCGUCCCUCAACUCCGUCUUCGCCUCAACAGAAACUCUUCAUGUCCGAACCCCUUCUGUCCUCGUCCCCGACGGCGGCAGCCAGCAGGACUGGGGUAAGCUGAAAGUGGGGGAGUCAGGACUAGCCGGGAACCCCCCCCACAUGGACGGUGCCAGGCACCGGAGAAACGGCGAGAAUGGCCCCCCCACCCCCACCGACCCCCAUGGUGCUAGGACACAGAGAUCAGGCUCCUCGUCAGCCCCCGGCAAGGCCGGGGAUGUCACAGCCCGGGAGCAACUGGCCUUGGCCCUGGGUCAGGGCUUCACGCUGGACGUACAGAGAAGCAGCCGGGACUCACUGCACUGCUCGAGCGGCUACAGCACGCAGACCACCACCCCCUCCUGUUCCGAGGACACCAUCCCCUCACAAGCUACAAAGAGGGACCAAAGCCUCGUCGUGCCAGACUAUGACAGUGUGUCACUACACGGUGACCAGGAGCUGCCGCACUCACUGCUGAUGGAGUUUGACAGAUCCUCCACAAUCCCGCGGAACAGCGAUCUGAGCCACAACCUGCGGCGGCUGCUGCAGGAGCGGCGCCCGACCUCCACCGUCAGCCUCCUGGAGCCCGAGCCGCCGGGGGCUCCGCACGUGGCCACCAUCCGCCGCAAGCCCACCUUCCGCCGGGGCACGCUCAGUGGCAUGCCCAUCCCCAUCCGGACGCCUGUGGUGCCAGCGCCGAGCCCGCCCGAGGCCCAGGCUCAGGCCUGCCCCAGGCCCGCCACCUCCUGCACGGGCAGCAAAGAGUGCAUGAGCCAGCAGGCCCCGCGCCCCGGCCUGGCCUACAGGAAACCGGGGUUGUGCGGCUCCACUCACAGCCUGGGCCUGGGCCUGAGCGCAGGGCUGGAGCCUGGGCCUGGGGUACACGGGCAGCCAUUCGGUACACUGCAGCGCUCGGCUCCAGACCUGCAGGAAAGCGGCACCCGGAGCGCAGCAGCGGCACCGGCAGGGAACGGACUAGGCCUUGGCCCUCACCCACCGCACCCGGGCCCCGGCAGGACUGAGGCGGCCGUGGCCGUACGCGAGCCCGAGGUGUUAUCCCAGGCCCAGGCCCAGGCCUCACCUCCUCCGCCAGCGUCCCCUGGACCCGGGGACAUGCUCUCCAUGAUCCGCCGCGGCGUCAGCCUCAGGAAGACAUCUAGCAACGACCGCUCGGCCCCACAGCUGUGGUAGUGGGGAGAAGGGGAG